AUGUCUGAAACGCCCGAAGCCAUCGUUCAAAACGCCUAUGAUCACAUCGCACAAUGGUACAUUGAAUGGGUCAAAUGUGAUAAGUCGCCGCGCGAACGAUACGUAAAGAAAGUUCUUGAAAGACUGCCGCCAUCACCAUGCGUCCUAGAACUCGGCUGUGGUCCCGGCGUGCCCGUGCUGGAUAUGUUGCUUGAGAACGGAGCUCGAGUGACGGCCAACGACAUCUCUGCGAAGCAAAUCGAGAUGGCUAAAGCUCGUUGCCCGCAUGCAAAGUUCAUAGCUGGUAACAUGACCACACUCACCUUCGAACCCGAGAGCUUCCACGGUGCACUCAGCUUCUACACACUCUUUCACCUACCUCGCUCCCAGCUAAAGGAUAUGCUCGUCAAGAUCUAUAGCUGGCUGAAGCCUGGCGGUCUCUUCGCUUUCAACCUUGCGGGAGUUGAUGAAGAAGAGAUACAUGGCGAGAUGAUGGGGUACGGAAUGUUUUGGAGCAGUUAUGGAGUGCACGAGAACUGCGAAAUGCUGGAACAAGUAGGCUUCGAGCUAUUGGAGGUGGAGAGAGUAAAGGCAGGCGAUGGCAAUUUGAAUGAGGAUGAACCAGACUACGAUUCCGAGUUUGUUUGGGUGAUGGCGCGAAAGCCAGACGUUGAUAAGAGGUAG